AUGGAUAUAAAGAGCGAAAGCAUUGAUAAGCCAUUGAAAGCGAUGAAUGACAGUGAUGGGUCGGGUGUGGAGAGUGGGAAGCGUUGGAAACUGUCAGACUUCGAGAUCGGCCGCCCUCUGGGCAAAGGCAAGUUCGGGAACGUCUAUCUCGCGCGGGAGAAGCGAAGCAAAUACAUAGUGGCCCUCAAAGUGAUGUUCAAAUCGCAACUCAUGAAGAACAACGUCCAGCACCAGCUCAGGCGUGAGAUCGAAAUACAGGCACAUCUGCGCCACCAGAAUAUUCUUCGCCUCUACGGCUACUUCUACGACGAGACGCGAGUCUAUCUGAUCCUGGAGUUCGCGCCGAGGGGUGAGCUCUACAAAGUGCUCCGAAAGGCCAACCAUUUCGAUGAUAAAGUGUCGGCAAACUAUAUCCUGCAAAUGAUUGACGCUCUGGAGUGCUGUCACUCACGCAAAGUGAUCCACAGAGACAUCAAACCUGAGAACAUACUGUUGGGCUAUUCGGGCGAACUGAAGAUCGCGGACUUCGGGUGGUCAGUGCACGCGCCCUCUUCGCGGAGGGCAACGAUGUGCGGAACUCUGGACUAUUUGCCGCCCGAAAUGGUUAUGCAUAAGCCGUACGACUCGACUGUCGAUCUCUGGUGCUUAGGAGUGCUUACGUACGAGUUUUUGGUGGGAAAGCCUCCCUUCGAGAACGACGACACCAAACUCACGUACAGUCGUAUCGUUGAAGUGAAGUACACUUUCCCGGACCACGUCUCACAACUGGCCAGAGAUUUCGUUCAUCGAGUAACUAAUCAUUCACUUUGUAUUCGUCUAAUUGUCUUAUUAAUUGCGGUUUGCAUUCGACAGCUCUUACAACGAAAGCCAUCGGAGAGAAUGUCGUUGAAGGACGCGAGGAAUCACCAAUGGAUCACAUCAUUCGCUCAAAACAAGUCAAAAGUCUAA